AUGCUCGGCAAGACGAUGAUCCUGUGCGCAGCGGUGCUCGCCGUGGCAGCGGGACUGCCGGCUACCGAUAAAACCGGCAGCGAGAAUGACCUCAUGGCAUCGAUUUACACCGAUUGCCUAAAGAAGGAGCCGCUCAACUGCAUCAAGCACAAGGUCAUGUCCUUCGUCGACAAAAUGCUGGCCAAGGACGACAUCAGCCUCAGCGAGGGUAUUACUGUUGUCAAGACCUCGAACAUCGAGGAAGGCGCGCCUAGGUCCAUCGACUCGAGCGACUUUGACGCCCUGCUGUUCGACCGGCUCGGCCGAUUUCUGCGCACUCACACGGUCAAAGUCGAUCUCAAGGGCACGGACAUCCUCGGCGCCAUCGAGUCAGCCGGCCGCAGCUUCGAGGACACGAGCAACGACAGCGCCGUCGAGUCGCGAGGAAAGAAAAAGAAGGCCCAGAAGAUCCUGGGGCCGAUAAUAAUGGCAGUGGCCCUGAAGGCGGCAGCCCUUCUGCCUCUCGCCUUGGGCUUCAUCGCCCUGAUAGCCGGCAAGGCGCUCCUGGUCGGCAAAAUCGCGCUGGUGAUAUCCUCGAUAAUCGGCCUGAAGAAGCUCCUCAGCCAACAGAAGCACGUGACCUACGAGGUGGUCGCCCAUCCGCAGCACCACACCAGCAGCCACAUCGUUAGCCACGACGACGGUGGACACUCUGGAGGCGGUGGUGGCGGCUACUCGGGCGGUAGCAGCGACUUUGGCGGCUACGGGGGUGGUGGUGGUGGUGGCGGUAGCUCAGGCGGACACGGGGGCUCCGGAUGGGCGAGGAGCCUCGCUCAGGAGUCUGCCCAGGAUCUCGCCUACGCCGCUCAGAAGCCACAGCCACAACAGCAGCAGACAAAACACUAG